GAAAGCAAACAAGCAAUCAGCUGUUUUGUUUCGUUGGCAGUAAUCGAUAUGUCAUCGUUAGCGGAAUCCAAACAACAGAAACGGACACAUCGCCUCAAUUUGUUGAUUGCAUCCACUGCCAGUUCGCUGCCACGCUGCCAAAAUUCAAAGUUAUAAAUGCAAAAAACGGCGUACGCAUUCAGGGAUUUGGAAAACUCGCCACGCACCAUGCUAAUGCGUGACUGGCGUACCGCCCUGCGUACGCCAAGCUAUCGAAUUGGCAAUCGCUCGGUCCGGUUUAAUUAUCACUUUGCAUUGCUUGUGUUUUGUGCUGUGGUUCUAGUAUUGCUCUUUAUAUACGCGCACCAAGGUAGUCGCAGCUCCUCCGAUGGAUACUGGCUGCGCUCCCAAUAUGCUAGUGAAGCCACCUCUGUGCUCGCGAUACCCUACAACUCAACGUAUCCAUUGACGCAGCCUCUGAGUGUGCAAGGCGGCGUUAUCAGCUAUCGGAUUGCUAUGAUAGCAGAUCUAGAUACCAGCUCGAAAGUUGUUAAGGGCGAUGGCAGCACGACGUGGCGAAGCUACCUAAAGAAGGGCUAUCUCACGUAUCUACCAAAGAAGCAUGAGCUACAAAUUAACUGGGAUGCUGGAGCACCCACAGCCUUGGAGUCCUCGUUUGCGCUGAAAGGACGUGGCAUGGAGCUCUCCGAGCUAGUCACAUUUAAUGGAAAGCUGCUGAGUUUCGAUGACCGAACUGGGCUUAUUUACGAACUAACCAAUGAAAAAGCUAUACCCUGGGUAAUACUGCUCGACGGUAAUGGCCACAACGCCAAAGGCUUCAAAUCAGAGUGGGCAACGGUAAAGCAGCACACUCUGUAUGUGGGCUCCAUGGGCAAAGAGUGGACAACUAGUAUGGGUGACUACGAAAACAAUAAUCCCAUGUAUGUCAAGGCUAUCAGCAUGACAGGCGAAGUGCGAUCCUUAAACUGGGUGGAAAACUAUAAGAAACUGCGUCUAGAAUCUCUUCAGAUAAGCUGGCCCGGCUACAUGAUACAUGAGAGCUGCGUCUGGUCAGAGGUUCAUCAGCGCUGGUAUUUUCUGCCACGUCGCUGCUCCAAGGAAAAAUAUAAUGAAACCAUGGACGAGCACAUGGGCUGCAACAUUCUAAUCUCUGCGGACGAGCACUUUAAUGUUAUAGAGACAGUCAAGUUGGAUGCUGCCAAUACGGCGCCUACUCACGGUUUUUCCAGCUUCAAAUUUCUGCCCAACACACAGGAUUCCAUAAUCGUAGCACUCAAAUCGGAGGAGCUCAAUGGCAAAACAUCCACCUUUGUGACGGCCUUCAGCGUGGAGGGCAAAACAUUAUUGCCAGAGACACGUGUCGAGACGGACUAUAAAUACGAGGGCUUUGAGUUUAUAUAGCAAAGCGUCGCUGCUGUAAUAUUUCGUGUAUAUAGUGUAUUAUCCGGUAUAUACUUCAAGUUUACAUAUAGCUUAAAUAUUAAGUUAUGUCAGUUAGGAGAUGCUCUUAGACAAAUGCCAUAAAUUAUGCUGUUAAAAAUACUCUGUUUACAAUGUGAGAAGGGUUUAUUAGCUUGGAGCAGUGUCUGUCCGCUUAUUUAGUAUUUCGUUAGACAAAAUUGCAAAUUUUGUUUAUUCUUAAAUAUAAUUCUUGUUAAUCACUGA